UAAAACCGGAACUUUAAAAUGUCUUCUCGCUAGCGAAAUAUAUUAAAUAGCUAUUUUGAACUUUCACAGCGGUUUUCUAUUUAUCAAUAGAUGGAAAACAAUCGUACAUUUUAAUAGCAAUUAAAGCUUGGCAUAGAUUUGUGUCUGGUAUCCACAUUUUCAUUUUGGGUUUAAGAAAACACCCAGAUCUAUGGCCGGACUUCUACUUACCUUCGAGAUACUCGGUGAAACCUUCGUACAGUUAGACCCGUUGAUAGUCUUGACCCAGUGCCAGUCAGAAGACAGCAACAACGUUAUGAUCUAUGUCUUUCAAUUUACUACGAUUAUAAUUAUUACUCUAAUGAGUGUUUUUCAAAAUCGCUUAAGAAUCUUCCCAGGACGAUAUGGUUUGGUCAUGCCUAUUGAUACUCUGACUUCUACACUGCGGCUUCCAUUCUGCUGUUGUUUAGCCGUUGUAACAAUUAUCAUUUAUGAGAAAGUCAUUGAGCUUCUAGUGAUCGACAGAAAGAAUAACCAGCUUUCGGCAUUCAAAGCUAUUGUACUGCUAUCGUAUGUAGCCCUAUACAGCUUUGGGCUCUAUCCUCUGUUUGCCUCACUCAACAUAAAGACCUGUCUGGGCUAUGGGAUAAGCACUUUAUAUGUUUGGAUUCUAUUGUUUAUGGAGCUUUUGACGCUGUUUCGGUGUCAUACAAAAUACGUGGAUGUUAAUGGACGUUUGCUAUAUGUGCUAAGAUUUUUACCCUUCAACGUUUUCCUACUAUACCUCUCGAUCAAAUUUCCGCUGCUGUGUCUAGAAGCCUACAAGAAAAAGAUUUUGGUGGCAAUGCAAGAAGAAGUGGUGGAGAAAUUGUCUGAGAUCAGAGAAUCUUUUGAAGGCAAACACGUGCGCAAGCUGCUGACGAAACACUAUGAACACAAAAAAAUCAAGAGCCAGCCACCAGGGUACCAAAUAAAGACUAUGAUGAUGAACAUCGUUUAUGAGCAGGAGCACGGUUUUAUCUACCCAACAAAAAUGAUCUCAUCAAUAUUUGUAGCCUUUAGCUUGGUCUACAUGGCUACGAUGGAAGGAAUGUUUGUGAUCUUAUCGUUUCUUAGCCACGCCAUUGAUAUCAUUGAAAAACAGAUUGAUGUCAUUGGUUACACCGCGGCUGAAGGCGAAGAGCCAAGAUUGACAGCUCAGCGUUCGUCCCUUUACUUGGCCUACACAAUCUGCGAGUGUAUAUCAUACUCUGCUCUGGUUGCUGUGCCUGUCGCAUUUGCCUUUACAGCGAUUUUAAUUCUUCACAUGAUUGCAAAAUUUCGAUCUAACAUGUUCAGCUUAUACAAGGGCGACUACUCAAAGGUACCGCCUGCCUCAGCUGGCACAGCAACCAAGUUAUGUAUAGGAAGCCUCAAAUAUGCCGGCUAUCAAGUGGCAUAUAUUUUAUUUGCAUAUUGUUUCCUCUGUGUUCUGAUGUUUACUCUUAUCAACACUCUCAUCCUAUGUAUCUAUCUAAUUUAUACUGGAUCGGGUCUCUUCAUCUUUUAUCAUCUGACGUUUUUAUGGGGCAUCAUUGUCUUCAUUUGCAUAGUCAUCAUGCUGCAAUUUUAUCUAACCAAGAUUCACUUCCUGCAAGGCCAAGGACUUUAUUUACGACUAAACAACAGGCGCGCAUACAACAUAGCUUCCUAUUUUCUCUUCUUCUGCAACAUUUUUAUUGGAAUCGGCUCAUUCGCUCUAAGAAUAUUUCGCAGUUUACUGGUCAUCACGAUGGUACUUGGUAGAAUGGAAACAAAUGCUUUCCCUCGAAUUUUUGAAUUCUUCGACCCAGGUUUUAGAGCAUACCUUGGUUACCUUCACCUCGAAGCCUCUCACACAAACCCCGUGCUACUCGUGUUCAUCAGGUUACUUAAGGCGUUAAGUCACUCACGAAAAGCUCAGGAGAAAUCAACUCGUUUGCCUGACUCACCAGAAGCUCCACACCUGUCCACGCAUUUGACCAGUGAAAAACGCCAUCGUGACCAAGUGUUAUCAGGGGCCAGGGUUAACUGGCUUGUAGCCUACACCUUACUGCAGAACCCAACUUUGAGGAUCUAUCGAAGAGGAUUCAUACAGCUCCUUAAUCGUGCCAUGAAAGAAGGAUUAAAACUUCCAAUCAGCGAUAAGCCAAUUUAUUUAAUACUCUCAAAGAUUCAGCAUGGGCAAAAGAAAAAGAAAAAAAACACGCUGAAGAAAACAAGUUCAAAGAGCACUGUCCGUCCAGUAGACGAGAACAAAGUGAAGACAGAAAAAAUGAUCGGACGAUCAAAGUCUAUGGAGACUUUUACAAUUACUGAAGGCUAGGCUAGUAGAUAAAAUUAGAUAGGGAAAAUAGAGGGCUGAGGUAGUAGAUAGAAGUAAAAGGAAAAACUGAGGGCUGGGGUAGUAAAUAGAAGAAGAGUGGAAUACUGAGGACUGAGGUAGUAGAUAGAAGUAGAGGGAAAACUGAGGACUGUGGUAGUAGAUAAAAGUAAAGGGAAAAACUGAGGGCUGAGGUAGUAGAUAGAAGAAGAGGGAAAACUGAGGACUGUGGUAGUAGAUAGAAGAAGAGUGGAAAACGGGGGGCUGAGGUAGUAGAUAGAAGUAAAGGGAAAAACUGAGGGCUGAGGUAGUAGAUAAAAGUAGAGGGAAGAACUGAGGGCUGAGGUAGUAAAAUUAGAAAGGGAAAACUGAGGGCUGAGGUAGUAGAUAAAAGUAAAGGAAAAAACUGAGGGCUGAGGUAGUAGAUAGAAGUAAAGGGAAAAACUGGGGGCUGAGGUAGUAGAUAAAAGUAAAGGGAAAAACUGAGGGCUGAGGUAGUAGAUAAAAGUAGAGGGAAGGGCUGAGGUAGUAGAUAGAAGUAGAGAGAAAUCUUCUGUAUUGUAGUAGAGUUACAUUUGUAAUAGUAAUA